AUGGGGAGCUCACACAGUCAGGGGUCAGUGACGUUCAGGGAUGUGGCUGUUGACUUCUCCCAGGAGGAGUGGGCCUGCCUGGAUGCCACUCAGAGGGUCUUAUACAGGGACGCGAUGCUGGAGACCUACAGCCACCUCGUCACAGUGGUGGGAAGCUGCGUUUCCAAGCCAGAGCUGAUCACCUUGUUAGAGCAGGACAAAGAGCCCUGGAUGGUUGUGGGGGAAGAAGCAGACAGGCCGCGCCCAGAAUGUUCUCUAGAGUCUGGCCCUGAAAAUAUAUCUCCAGAGAAUCAUACUAAUAAUAUAAAUUUACACAAACAGAGCAUAAAGCAAUUAAGUAAAACUUUUGACCUCCAGGCCUCCAGUUUUAGUAAUGGCCCCAACCCUAGUACAUUCAAGGGACCACAGGGCUAUCAAGAAGGAGACGCUGAUCAGGAGAUUACUAACAAGGAACCAAUGCCUCCUCACACCUGCCGGACUCUUACUCACAACAUAGGAAAACCAUAUGAAUGUAAAGAGUGUGGGAAGUGCUUUGGUUACAGGUCCACUCUCACUCAGCAUCAGAGCAUUCACACUGGAGAGAAACCCUAUGUGUGUGAGGAAUGCGGGAAGGCCUUCAGACUCCACCGACAGUUUACAGAACACCAGAAAUCUCACAGUGGUGAGAAACCUUUCAAAUGUGAUGACUGUGGAAAGGCUUUUCAUCUUCCAGUCUUGCUUAAGUACCACAAAACCGUUCACACAGGCACGAAACCAUUUGAGUGCCAGGAGUGCGGGAAGGCCUUCAAGCGUCUCUCCCACCUAGUUGAGCAUAGAAUCAUUCAUGCUGAUGGGAAACCGUAUGAGUGUAGUGAGUGUGGGAAAGCCUUCAAACAUCGUCAAAGCCUCCUGCAGCAUCAGAAAAUUCAUUCUGGUGACAGACCCUUUCAGUGUAAGGAGUGUGGGAAGGCCUUCAUUGUGCUGACACAGCUCACACGGCACCAGAGCGUUCACACUGGAGAGAAGGCAUUUGAGUGUAAGGAAUGCGGGAAGAAAUUCAGUACUAGCUCACACCUUGUUCAGCACCAGAGUAUUCACACCGGUGAGAAGCCCUUUGAAUGUAGUGUGUGCGGGAAGGCUUUUCGGCUUCGGAUAUACCUUUCUGAGCAUCAGAAAACUCACAUUGAAGAGAAACCUUUCAAGUGUAAGCUGUGUGGCUCAGCCUUCAGGCGGAAGUCGAACUUUACUGAACAUCAGAGUAUUCACACUGGAAAGAAGCCCUUCAAGUGUAAAGACUGUGGGAAGGUCUUUAGACUUAAUACACUCCUCAUUCGUCACCAGAAAUCUCACAGCGCUGAGAGACCUUUUGAAUGUAAAGACUGUGGAAAGGCUUUUCACCUUCCCAGUCAGCUUAAAAACCAUAAAAUUGUUCAUACAAGUACAAAACCCUUUGAGUGUAAGGCAUGUGGGAAGUCCUUCAAGCGUGCCUCCACUCUCAUUCAACAUGGGAUCACUCAUGCCGGCGUGAGGCCGUAUGAAUGUAGUGAGUGUGGGAAAGCUUUUAUCCAUCGCUCAAACCUGUUUAAGCAUCGCAAACUUCACUCUGCCGAGAAGCCCUUUGAGUGUAAGGAGUGUGGCAAGGCCUUCGUUGUCCUGGCAUACCUCACUAGGCACCAGAGCAUCCACACUGGAGGGAAGUCAUUUAAAUGUGAGCAGUGUGGGUCAGCCUUCAGACUUAAGUCCCAACUCAUUCACCAGAGAAUCCACACUGGGGAGAAGCCCUUUCGCUGUAAGGAAUGUGGGGAAGCUUUUCAAUAUCAAUACCAGUUUCUUGGCCAUUUUAGAAUUCAUACCGGGAAAAAUCCUUAUGAGUGUAAAGAAUGUGGCAAGUAUUUUAAUCAUGAUAGAGACCUUAAGGCACAUCAUAGAAUUCACACUGAUGGAAAUCUGUCGUGA